AGCCCUCUUUUUCCGUACAAGGCGACUGUUUUGUGUGUGUGCAUCAUGGUGUGGGAGGUGGUGACUCCUGCUGUACUUUCGAGCCAGACCAGUUAUCGCAACAUGCAAGAGGCCCAGUCCCAGGCGGAACACACAGAUGGGGACCAAUCAAUUGAUCCACUGCGCUGCGACGAACACUUCCCUUCCUCACCUGGCCUCCCGACCAGCGACAGUUACAUGGAAUACGACGAUCUUCCAGACCUGCAGGAAGUUGUAGAAGAGCCUACAGCGCAGCCCGUUUACCAGCUGGAGGUCGGCGUGUCGCACCAGGAGCGGCCCAAACCCCCCCGGUCAGGCCGGGGCCAUCCUCCGGACGCGCUCUGGCUCACACAGCUGGCCCACAUCGCCACUGGACCGCAGAGCCCGCUGCUACAGGAACCCACUCCCAACAACUCUUCUUCAGUCUGCAUCCCCGGCUCCAGCAGUGAUCUCCACUCCUACGCUCGGCCCCCCCCCACACUCCUCAGCAGCACCGCGGCGCCCCCCAGAGGCCACGGCAGGGAGCGCAGGCACAGCAGGGCAAGCAGUGAAUGUGGCUCUGCGGUAUCAACCAAGUCGUCCUCGUUGUCUGACGAUGAGGACAUGGGCUGGAGUUAUUCCUGCCCACCUACCACCUGGAACUGUUUCCUUAAAGGAACCCGCAUGCGUUUUCACAGUAGUUCCAACGUGGCGUGGCAGGACGUUGAAGACCUGGAGUCCGGUGAGAAAGAUUGUGCCAAUGAGGAGCGGUCCAGAUAUCUAAAGAGUUAUGGCUCUGAGGGUCUGCAACUAGUGGAGCAGGAGGAGAUCGUGUUGUCCGGUCAGGCUGUCCUGCAGCUAACCUUUGACCCUGGAGUAUUUGGACACACCCCUAUCACGGCACAGUGCCAACUGGAUCAUCCCUUCUAUGUCAAAAAUAAAGGUUGGUCCUCGUUCUACCCCAGCUUGACCGUGGUGCAUUAUGGGAUACCGUGCUACGAAAUGGAAGUAGGAGACUUGUGUCUGCCUCCGGGACACAGAGAUGCCAAACACACGGAUGAUUCACUGGUCUUUGACACAUUCAAAAGUUACGAUUUCACUCCUCUGGACUCCUCUGCCGUGUACGUUUUGAGCAGUAUGGCCCGGCGGCGACGUGCCUCUCAGUCCAGUGGGGGAGCUGUUUCUCCAAACAGGGAACCUCUGCCAGAUGUCCACAGUCAAAGCCAUUCCCACUCUAGUCAUCAGAAGCUAACGAAGAACCAGUUGGCCAAAGCACAAGGCGGAAAAGACAGUGCUUCGCCAACCAAAUGCAAGAGGCCGAUGAACGCCUUCAUGCUGUUCGCCAAGAAGUUCCGAGUGGAGUACACUCAGAUGUACCCGGGCAAGGACAACAGAGCCAUCAGCGUCCUCCUCGGCGAGCAGUGGAAGAAAAUGCGGAGCGAGGAGCGGCGGGCGUUCACGCUGCAGGCCAAAGCGCUCGCCGACGAGCAGAAACGACUCAACCCCGACUGCUGGAAACGCAAAAGAACCAACUCUGGUUGUCAAGGAAAUUGAGGCAGCGGGGAAGGAAAGGGGACGACCCACCGAGCUUGCGGGAGUACACACACUUGCUCACACACGUAGAAGUCACGCAGAGCCAAAAUACCGCAAUUCAGUUCUGCAUUCUGUUUUAAUCUCGAGCUCUCCAAAUCUACGGUAAAAAAAAAAAAAAAACAAACGAAAAAAAGAUUUGACUGCUUUAGCAAACACAUUUUUAAACGUGUGAUCAUAUUUUCAUAGGAAUUCUAACGGGAGUGUAGUGUCUCGCGCCCUGUUUUUCCAAACCGACGGAUGAAUCACAUCAGCGGGUUUUGACUUUGAAUCAUUUUUACACAAAAUGUGACAAUACGAAAAAAAAAGGAGACUCUGAUCAUUUUCAGUUUCUCAUCUUAUGCUUGAAACAGGUGAUGGUUGUGGUGCUAUAGUGUUCUAGCCAAAGUAGGAAAUGUAGCGUUUUUUUUCCCAAAAUUCUUUGUUGUACAAAUAGAAAUAUGCAAUUUAUUUUCUUGCUUGUAUACCCUGUAUUUGGACACAGUGUUAUAGCACAAACAUAUACGAUAUAUAUAUAUUUUAAUAUUACUUCUAUGUGAUUCAUCACAUAUUUCAGUUACUAAACAGAUGUAUACAAAGUAUAUAAACGGGGCUUGGGGUUUUUUUUCACUGCCACAGGAGCUGGAUACAUUAGUUUGGAUGUUUUUUAUGUAAUAGAUGCUUGUGGAGUUUUCAUGGAAAAGAACAGAAUUUUUUUUGCUAGCAUUACUCAAAUUAAAUCCUAUUUUACAUUUCUAAAAUCAUCCACCACUGUUCAAAAGUCUUGAGCCACUCCUCAUUUAAUCUCAUAAUUGCAGGAAAACAGAAGCCUAAAUUGAUUGGAAUUGUUUUAAAAACAUUUUAGAAAUACAGUCUAUAAGGAAUAAAACAUACCGAGCACCUUUAUUCCUCAACGCGGGAACAGUAAAUGCACAGAACUAAUGUGAAUGUUGUAGGACUCUGACCGAUUUGGGGGUGACACAAUAAAUAAUGGACAGAUACAGAGAGGGUCUGUUGUCUGUAUGAUAGAGAACUAUAUUACCGGGGCUAAAGGAAAAGGAGGAAAUGUCUCCAGAACAGAGAUAAAUGAGGCAAAAGACCAAACAGCAAAGCUGGAGAUGAGAAAAUAUGACAAGGCAUUUCUCACUCUGGGUUUCAGUGCUGAUGGAAGAUAAAGAAAAUCCUCUCUAAGUCACAUGUUAGCACUUAUCCUUAAUCCAGUUUAAAAAGUAAUACUGUCAUUUCAAAGCAAAAUAGAUAGUAAUAAAAGUAAAUACUUUUUUUUUUUUUAAAGUUCUUAAGCAUGUAU